AUGGAGAAACUGUAUUUCAGUGCAACAUCAAAGAGCUUGAUUUUGGAGGUGAUGGACUACUGGACCCACUUUGUGAAGAUGCAAGACAAGCAGUGCUGA